AUGAGUGUCCGAGUCGUCGCGCGUAUCCGUCCUCUUCUCAAUUCUGAACGGGAGGUCGAUGUGAUCCUUCGUACGGGAUCUUCGGCCGAUUCCAAAUCGCGCCAGUCGACAAUUGGCGACAAGCCGGAGAAGAGUGACAAGAAAUUGGCGGCAUUGCGGGAUAGGGACAAUGUAGUACGGAUUCCAAACCCCAAGAAAGAAGGGGAGGAAUAUGCGUUCCAGUUCAAUGGCGUGUAUGAUGCAAAGGUGUCGCAGCAGGAGCUAUUUGAUGCUGAGGUGGCGCCAACAAUUAAACAUCUCCUCAACGGAUUCGAUGUUACUAUCUUCGCAUACGGCGUUACCGGAACCGGCAAAACACAUACAAUGCGUGGGGGUAAAACCCUGGCCGAUCGGGGUGUGAUUCCUCGGCUACUCAGCGGUAUCUACAGACGCAGCAAGAAGAUCGAAAAGGAUAGCGAGGGAGAGACGACAGUGCAGGUUGCCCUGAGUUAUUACGAAAUUUACAAUGACAAGGUCUACGACUUGUUCGAACCGCCGGAGAAGCGCACGAUGGCAGGUCUUCCUCUCCGUGACAAUGGUGGCAAGACUGUGGUCUGUGGCCUCAGUGAGAAACCGUGCACUACUCUGAGGGAGUUUGAGCAGCUCUAUGACCAAGCCAACACUAAUCGGUCUACUUCUGCAACGAAGCUCAAUGCCCAUUCGUCUCGAUCGCAUGCUGUUCUCGGCGUCAAGGUUACCAUCUCGUCCUCUGACAAGGUUCGCGUUAGCACUGCUUCUGCUAUCGAUCUUGCUGGAUCCGAAGAUAAUCGACGAACGGAAAAUGACAAGGAACGCAUGGUGGAAUCGGCAAGCAUUAACAAGAGCCUUUUUGUUUUGGCGCAGUGCGUCGAGGCUAUCAACAAAAAACAGCAUCGCAUCCCAUAUCGCGAGUCCAAGAUGACAAGGAUCUUGUCUUUGGGACAAAACAAUGGCCUGACAGUAAUGAUUCUUAACCUUGCACCUGUGCGGUCCUAUCAACUGGACACAAUUAGCUCUCUGAAUGUCGCCAACCGUACACGGAAGAUCGAGGUUCGGGAAGUAGAGAACGAUCCCAUGUUCAAGGGUCCGGCGCGCCCGUCCGUUCGGCCAUCUUUGGCAGGCACACGACAGCCAUUACGCGCACUAACAGCUUCCGUGAACGUGAAUAUGCCGGCGCCUGUAAAGGAUGCCGCGGAAAAGGACGAUGGAAAGCCAGUGAAGGCAUUCAGCGUAUACUCAGACAAGCCUCAACCCAAGCUUAUCAGCCAGGUUCGCAAACUAGAGGCACCGAAACGUACCUCAAUUUCCAACCCUCCCUCCGGUCUUCCAUCAAUGAAGCCCACUCGCCAGCCACUGGCUGCACAGCCCACUCCGUGCUACGACGACUUUUCAGCAGCUAGAAUCGAGGAGAUGGUUGAGAAGAAAGUUGAGGCAAUUUUAGCUGUGCGUGCCGUGAGCGAACAAUCGCGGCAAACGCAGGUUCGUGAGCUCAACGAGCAGCUUCAAAAGCGAUUAGAGCAGUUGGAACAGCGCAUUGAUGGUACAGAAGAUGCGCGGGCUGAGGGCCUGUCAUACCUACUCAUGGCUAAACAGCAUCAAGCACGCGGCGAAGACAGUUCGGCACUGAGAAUGUACCAACUGGCAGCUCCCCACUUCCCUCACAAUCAGAAGCUGGCAGGCAAGAUUGCUACUUUGAAGGAGCGCGUCCAUGCAAAGGCAUGGGAGCAGAACGCUCCUUCUCCACCCAAGGGAGGGAAUCGUUAUGACGAUUACAUGGAUCAAACCCAUGACGGCUUCUCAAGCGACGAGGAGAUCUCCCGCCCACAACACAAGAAGCGUGCUGCUGCUAAGCUUGCCCAGAUCGAAGAAGACCCCGAACUCCUUGACAGCGAGGAUCCUUCCCUCUCCCCCAGAACUAUGCAUCUGCUAUCAAUCAUUAACUCGCGUGAUGUCAGCCAGAUCAAGUUGCUUAAGGGAGUGGGUGCCAAGAAGGCAGAGGCACUCGUUGAUUGCCUUUGCGAGAUGGACCAGACAUCAAUAAAUGCAAGCGACAGUGAAAAUCUCUCAGACCAGCCACACUUCCAGGUCAAUAGCCUGGCACAGUUGAGCCAGUUGAAAGGCGUUGGGGUCAAGACAGUCGAGAACAUGAGGCAAGGAGUAUUGGCUUAA